AUUAACACACCUUCCAACACCAAACACCACAAAAUCCCAUCUUCCCCUUCACUUCCCUCUGUUCUCCCUGCUUCACACUCUUUGCCUUCCCGUCCUGCACUUCUGUUAAUUCCUUCAAAACCAUGGAGUAUGAUAAGCUCUUCCACGCUAAAAUGGGCAGGUAUGCGCAUAUCUCACCCUUCCUCUGCUUCUUCUUCUCCGUUUCUUUCAUUAUUUUGUUCUUUAUUCCUGUGGCACGGUCUCAACUCCCUGAAAACCAGAAGAACGCCGUGAAAAAACUCUCCACUUAUCUCGGCACAGACCCAAAUAAUCCAUGUUCAUGGAAAGGAGUUACCUGCAGCAACAACAAUCAAUCCAUCACCCAUCUCUCUUUUCCCUCUUCGAUGCUCUCUAAAUCUGAUUUUCUACCUGAUUUGUGCCAAAUUCAUACUUUACAGUCCCUGGAUGUCUCCAAAAAUUAUUUGUCAAUCAUCCCUGAUCAGUUCAUCAGAGACUGUGGAGGGAUUAAUGGGCUUAAGAAGUUGAAUUUCAGUAUGAACAGGGUGUCUGGUCUUUUGCCUACUUUUGAGGGUUUUGGUGGGUUACAGUACUUGGACUUGUCUUAUAAUUCAUUUAAUGGAAGUAUUGAUUCUCAAUUAAAUGGAUUGAAUGGACUCAGAAGCUUGAAUCUGAGCUUCAACCAGUUCAGUGGCUCUGUCCCUUCCAAACUCGGUAAAGCCAUGGCUUUGGAAGGGUUGGAGCUCGCGUACAACCACUUUGUAGGUCAAAUCCCUGAAGAAUACAUGAAUUACACAUCUCUAGUUCUGCUUGAUCUCAGUAAUAAUCUGCUUUCUGGGUCUGUUUCUGAUAGUAUAGGACAGCUCUCCAAGUUGGAGACUCUCCUUCUGUCCUCCAAUCAUCUUAAUGGAGGAAUUCCUGUGAGUCUUUCAAGGAUUGAGACACUAUAUCGGUUUGCUUCUAAUCAGAAUCACUUUUCUGGCAAUAUUCCUUCUGGGAUUUCAAAAUAUCUGAGGAAUUUGGACCUUAGUUACAACAACUUAACUGGUUCAAUCCCAUCAGACUUUCUGUCACCACUAAAUUUGCAGUAUGUUGAUCUGACUUAUAAUUCAUUGGAAGGGCCGAUUCCGUCGAACAUUUCAGAGAGUUUGAUUCGGUUAAGACUUGGGAGCAAUUCUCUUGAUGGUACCAUCCCUUCUCUAACUGAUGGAAAGCUGUCACAAUUGACUUAUCUCGAGCUCGAUAACAAUAAAUUAACUGGGUUAGUUCCACCACAACUGGGAACCUUUCAGCGUUUAGCUCUGUUGAAUCUUGCUCAGAAUGAUCUCUAUGGUCUAUUGCCGAAAGAGUUGGGAAAUCUUCAUCAACUUCAGGUUUUGAAGCUCCAAUCCAACAAACUCACUGGAGAAAUUCCUCAAGAAUAUUCACAACUAUGGAAGUUGUCUAUACUGAAUAUCAGUAGGAAUUCAUUGAACAGUUCGAUCCCAUCUGCAAUUUCCAGCUUAGGAAAUCUCACAAUACUUGAUUUACGGGAAAAUAGAUUUGAUGGUUCAAUACCCGAUUCAAUUGGGAACUUGAACUCCCUGUUAGAACUCCAGCUGGGAGACAACAAAUUGAGUGGGAAGAUUCCUAGUAUGCCUGGUAAGUUGCAGAUUGCUCUCAACCUCAGCAGGAACCUCUUCGAUGGGUCUAUCCCAGACACUCUAAAAGGCUUGAGUGCUUUAGAGGUUUUGGAUCUCUCACACAACAAGUUUACAGGUGAAAUCCCACGGUUUCUAGCCGGUCUCCCAAGCCUUACACUACUGUUACUUUCCAACAAUCUGCUAUGCGGUAAUCGUCCAAACUUCCUCCAGCCAGGGAUUGUUGUUGAUACGAAUGGAACUAACGUAAACACUACACCAACCUCUGGACCAACCCCUGGACCAACCACUACUUCACCAAAGAAGCGAAGUUCAAUUUUGGUGGCAGUUAUAGUUGCGAUUGCUGCUGUAGCUGCUGUUGCGGUCAUCGGAGUGAUUGCUGUACUGUUUUUGAGACGUUUCUACAGGGUCAGCAUUGAGAGCCUACAACCAGAGGAGCAUCUCCCCAUCCCGCAGAUUAUAGAUUAUCAUAUGAUAACUGCAAAUGUCACUCAUCGAUCAAGUAUUGAUUUCACAAGAGCCAUGGAAACGGUUGCAAACCCUGCCAAUAUCAUUCUGAAGAGUAGGUUCUCUACCUACUUCAAGGCCAUUAUGCCUAAUGGAGAAAGCUAUUACAUCAAGAAGCUCAACUGGACUGACAAGAUAUUCCAACUGGGGACCCAUGAAAAGUUUGGAGAGGAGCUAGGGGUCCUUGGGAAGCUAAGCAAUGCAACCAUCAUGAGCCCUCUGGCCUAUGUUUUGACUACUGAUAGUGCUUACCUCUUCUAUGAAUAUGCCCAACAGGGAACCCUCUUUGAUGUUCUUCAUGGAAGCUUGGGACAUGCUCUUGAUUGGGCCAGUCGGUACAGUAUAGCCAUUGGAGUAGCUCAGGGUCUGGCAUUUCUCCAUGGAUGCUCCAGUGGUCCAGUUCUUCUCCUUGACCUUUCAAGCAAAAGCAUUUUUCUGAAGUCUCUGAAGGAACCCCAGAUUGGCGAUGUCGAACUAUGUAAGGUCAUUGAUCCUUCAAAAAGCACAGGGAGCCUUUCAACAGUAGCUGGUUCUGUCGGUUACAUUCCUCCAGAGUAUGCUUAUACAAUGAGGGUUACAAUGCUUGGGAAUGUUUAUAGCUUUGGUGUUGUCCUGCUGGAAUUGCUGACUGGGAAGCCAGCUGUGAGCGAGGGAACUGAGUUGGCAAAGUGGGUAUUGAAUAAUUCAAUUCACCGUGACACAUUGGAAAAGAUCCUUGAUUUUACUAUCAGCAGAACAUCGCUUGGAGUUCGAAGUCAGAUGCUAGCAGUUCUCAGGGUUGCUCUUGCUUGUGUUUGUGAUUCUCCAGAUUCAAGGCCAAAUAUGAAGAGUGUGGUUAGGAUGCUUCUUAAUGCUAGAUAACUAGCUUCCUCACAGGCCACAUUAAUUAUUUAGUGGGUUUCAGUAAUUUUUUGAGAAGAAUGAGUAUAUGAGUAUACACAGCAAUUCUGUAGUAUGUGUUCUUGUGCCAAGUUAUAGGGAUAUUUGUUAGUUAUACCUAACUGUACAUGUAAAUGGUAAAACUAUUUCCCCCGUUUAUACUUUAUAGUAUAUAGAGCAAUUCUGUUUUUGGUUGU